AUGGCCGCCGCCGCCGCCGCCGCCGCCGCCGCGUUAGGCCGUCCUUCUUGGCCCUCGGCGGCCGCCGUCCCUGUCCUGCCUCGGCGGCAGCAGCGGCCCGGACAUGGCGGCCUGAGGCGCCUGCGGAGGAGCUGCUCCUGGGGCGGGAGGCGGGCGAGGAGGUGAGGCCGCGGCCGCCCGGGACGGCGCGACCCUUCCCGCCGCCCUAGCCGCUGGGGGUGGCGUGUCAGGGCGGGCCCUGUGCACGUGUGAACAGAACACCCGUGUUGGGCUUGGUCGAGUCAGGGCAGAAAGUCCCGCGUUCCGGUUCCCGAGGAUCUCCGGUCAGGAGGGAAACCAGUCGGGCCGUGUAGGCCAGACUCCCCCGUUUAGCGCCCUGCGGGUGGGGCUUGUGGUCCAGCAACGUCUGGCAGGCGCCCGGUGGGAGAAGAUAGAAGGGGGGCAGUGAGGGGUAAAUAAGGGCGCCGACCGAGCUGCAUUUAUUGCCGUUUUCUGGAUGUGCUUCAUAGAUCUUUCAGCCUAUGUACAUGGCUUUAAUUUUAUUAAUGCUUAAUUAUUAUUAUUUUAUUCCCCAAGCUCUGUGUUUUAUAUGUUACUAUUUUAGCUGCAAGCUGCCUUGAAUCCCUGUCGGGGGAAAAUGCAUAAAUAAAUAUAAUGAUAAUAAAUAAGGUCCCUUCCUGUAGUCCUCUGCGCUGUGGAUUUAUAGGGUUCCCCUGCAUUGUUAACUGAGAAGGGUACUUUUGAACAUGAUUACAAACGAUGAAUUGGUGUUGUUGAAUUCUCAUAUACGUCUGUGGUGUUUCUUCCUUUCUCCUGCUCCCCAGUUAAAGUCAAUGGAGGCCUGGCCCAUUAGGGAGUGGGCCAUCAACUUCUGAAGACCUUAAUUGGCACCCUCAAAAAGCAGUAGCAGACUCUGAGCCUUCAUUAAAAAUAUAAAACAAGUCUCUAGCCCUUCUAGAAAGAAAGUUAUGAAGCAUAAUGUGAACUUUUUAAAGCAGGUUAUGUUAAAUGACUAGCCUGGCUGUUCCUGUCAGUGAUUUUAGCCAAUGAGUGAAAUCAGAGCUGUGAUUGAUAAGUGAGUUGUUUGGACACUACAUAAUGGGAAUUGCUGGGAUUCCAAUAGGGCCAUAUUUAUAAAGGAGUAGUUGGAGCAAUUGCACAAAUGAAAGGCCCCAGACUCUGAGCUUUCAUUUUAAAAAAGGAAGUCUCUAGCUCUUCUAGAAACAAAGUUGUGAAGCAUAACGUGUGGACCUCCUCCUGUUGCAGGAAAACCAUGAGUGACAUCCGCCACUCGCUGCUCCGCCGGGAUGCCCUGAGCGCCGCCAAGGAAGUGCUCUACCACUUGGACAUCUACUUCAGCAGCCAGCUGCAGAACGUGCCGCUCCCCAUUGUGGACAAAGGCCCCAUCGAGCUUCUGGAGGAGUUCAUCUUCCAGGUUCCCAAGGAGCGCAACUCCCCACCUAAAGUAGGUUGUCGGACAUCAAGCCCCAUCAAGGGCCACGUAGCCAACAUUGCUCCUCUCCAUCUGGGGCCUCAUAUUUGCCUUUGGGAGCCACCCUUGAGGAAAUCUCUCUGCCCUCCCUUGUGGGGCGGGAGUCUGAUUAGAAAAGUGGUGGGGAACAUCUAGGCCUGCAAACUCUGCUUGAGGUCAAGCAAGGUCACAAAGGUGAAAUCAGGUGAUUGACAGGUGUGCAACCUGCUCAUCUGUCAAAGUACCUUGCAGGGGAUGGGAAUGAGGGAGCUCAACAUCUGUCCUGCUGGCUGGAUUCUGUUUUUUUUUAAUUUUAUUAAAAAAAAUAAUUGUAUAGUGCUAUAUCAUAAAAAGAUAGCCAGCGCCAUUGCUGAGGGGGGCCUCAUUGAGAUGGAGAGGGCACAAUUUGUUACUCUUCAAGGUUUCUUGUUUGUCCGUCAGACUAGCUAGGUCAUUGAGCUGACUGAGUAGCUCCAAGGUUAUUCUGUGAAAAUCGGAUAGGGAAGAUUUCAUGCUGUGGCCCUCCAGGUAUUUUGGAUGACAUCUCCCAUAAUCCCUGGCCAUCCAGAGAGAUCCUGGAAUUACUGGCCAGCUAUCUUAACAUUUGUCCCAGGAAAACUGGUGGGUAGUAUUUUUAAAACAUGAAAUAGCCAAACAAAUGUCUUUGGUCAACAUACACAUAUGAAAACAGUCUUCUUGUUUUCUUUGAUGCUAUAAUGCCAGCCUGGGUGAUGAAUGGGUUGUGGCUGGAAAGGACCCUCCUGCGGGGAGGGGGUGCUUUGGCCUUGGCUCAUAGAUGGCCCCUCUUUUCUUUCUCUUUCUUUCAGAGGCUGAACUCACUGCAGGAGCUUCAGUUACUGGAGAUCAUGUGCAAUUAUUUCCAGGAGCAAAGCAAGGACUCUGUCCGGCAGAUCCUUUUCUCCUCCCUUUUCAGCCCGCAAGGGAAUAAGACAGAUGACAGCAGAAUGGCCUUGCUGGGGAAACUCGUCUCGAUGGCAGUAGCUGUGUGCAGAGUGCCUGUCCUGGAAUGUGCAGCUUCAUGGCUGCAGGUGAGAGUUUACCCCAGGGGCAGAGGAGCUUCCAGGCAGCCUCCCAUCCAGGCAGUGACCAGACCUAGACCUUCUUCAGCAAGGGGGCUGCUUUUCCACCUGCUUGGGGGGGGGGCAUCAGAUUGGGCAGGGCUGAAUUGUACCCUACCCUGCUGGUGUAUAUGCAGAAACAGGAGAUAGAAUGGCCUGUUUGUCCAGGUCACAUCUUUCUCAGCAUUCCUCAUAUUGCUCUUGUAAAGCUACAAAUCCUCUUUGAAGGACCAGUGCUCUUAUUCCGUGAUAAGUAGGCUCAUUCAGGAGCCUCUGGGGGCUGCGGAUCCUUUAGCUCUUCAUCUUCAAGGCUAUCAACAAGCUCGGGUCACAGCCUGCAUCACUCCCACUGGCGCCUUCAUGCAGCAUCCUACGUUUUGCUGGAGCCAGGCUGUGUGUGGCUUCGUUGGCACUGCUCCCCCCCCCCCCCCCGUUUCUUGUGGCGGCUAAUCGUGCGUCUCUUUUGCAGCGGACGCCAGCAAUCUACUGCGUGCGGCUGGCCCAAGCCCUGGUUGAUGACUACUGCAGUCUAGUGCCAGGCUCCGUCCAGACCCUGAAGCAGAUCUUCAGUGCCAGCCCUCGCUUCUGCUGCCAAUUCAUCACAUCGGUCACCAUGCUGUACGACAUGUCGUCAGGUAAGUUCCUCCAAGUUCCUGAAGCUGCCCAGUGCCAUUUGGGAAGGCACAAGACAUGAUACACAAAGAUGUGUCAUGUUCCAUACAUCCGGAUGUUAAGGUUGCAACAGAGUGUGGUGGCCUGAAUCGGUGUGUGUGCAACUUUACUCCAGGGCAGGGCCAGAGACUACGAUGUGUAUGAUUGACUCUCCAGGUAUUUUCAGUGCUGCUUUGUAGUCAGCUUCCUCUUCCCCUUGGCUUGGCAUGUUUGAUGGAUUCAUGUUAUAGCUCUCUCGUUUUUAAGCUCUCUGCCAUUUAGAUUUUAUCUCCUUGAGUUUUGUUCUUGGUAGUGCAGUUGCUGUGUUUAUGGGUUCUAAAUGUUGUGAGCUGCCUUGGCCCUUUUGUCGAAAGGUGGGAUACAGUUGUUUUAAAUAAUCUACUAUCUAUUUUGGAAAGCUGUUGUUUGUUCGCAGUGCAUUCGGAUGUUUCUUUAGAUAUCGGAACCAAAUUUUACAUGAGACCAAGGGGCAGGUUUUUGUGUUUGUUUGGAUACAAUGAGACAUCAUUUUGAAUCCAGAUGGCAGACUGAACCUUUGAAAGCUGCACUGAUCUUUUGGGUUCCUUCGGAUUCCCAGCCUAUGCUGGGAGGCUGCUGGUUCUAAAAUAAACAUGAAAACACUUGAGCCACAAUGUUGGGAAGAGACAGAGACGGGAACUCCAGGCUGCCUGGCCCCCCUGCCCUUGAUCUGCUGCAUCCCCCUUUCUAAGCAGCCUGACACCCACAUUUGGGUGUGGAAGGCUCUGGUUCCAGGGCCAAGCAUUGGCAAGCCCCAGGUGCAAUUUCUCCUCGAUUUCUAUGGUCUCCAAAGCUGGCUUCCCCUUCUUUUCCAGAUGAUCUCAUCCCGCCUCCAGACCUGCUGGAAAUGGUCGUGUCUUGGAUCUUCGAGGACCCCCGCUUGAUCCUCAUCACCUUCCUAAACACGCCAAUCGCGGCCAGCCUGCCCAUUGGGUUCUUGGAGCUCACGCCGCUCAGCGGCCUGAUCCGCUGGUGCGUGAAAGCUCCGCUGGCUUACAAACGGAGGAAGCCCCCCGUCUCCAACGGCCACCCGGGGGGAAAGCUUGCCAAGGACCCGGCUGCCAUCUUGGACAAGGGCUGCCAGCCCUUGUACUCCAAGCUGCAUCUCAGCGUCCUCCAGGUCCUGAUAAUGCUUCAGGGGCACCUGACGGAGAAGAACCUGUACGGGCGCCUGGGGCUGGUGCCCUUCGACCACGUGGUGGCUCUCGUGGAGGAGAUGAGCAGGCUCUCCGAUGAACUCAACCCCCUCAACGCCACCAAGGAGACGGAGCUGGCUCUCGACCGGCUGGCCCAGGCCUUGCAAGUGGCCAUGGCGUCUGGAGCGCUGCUGUGCACGAGAGGUAGGCGCUGGGGGCAACCACCAGUGAGCCCAUGCAAGCCAGCAGAAGACUGUGCCGAGGCAAGGCGGGGGGUGCGGGGAAGUAGCAGGGAGGUGGGGAGGAGACUUUGGGCAUGAGAGGAGCUGAACAGAGAGAUAAUAAAAGCUGCCUAGGCCGGGUCAGAGUGUUUGUCCACGUGGGCCAGAAUUGCCUACUACAGACUUUCCCAGCGUGGUUCCUUCCAGAUAUUGCUGGGCUCCAACUUCUUCCUCUGCCACCAUCCCAAGGUGGCUGGGAAUCUAAAUAUCCAUAUGUGUGUGAUGGUGGGUAACAUCUGGGGCACACUUGACCAUCUCUCAGCUCCCUGCCCCAAUCCCUCCCAAGUGCCCAGGGAGCAGAAUGCCAUCUGGCUGGGACUCACUCCUGCUGGAGGAAAGGAAGAAUCAUCCCCUCCCCUCACCCUUUGAAGAGGUUUUUAAUUGCCUGGGUGCUCGGAAGUGGGUAGGAAUGUGCAGGCACCGUCAUUUUUACAGCUGUCAUUUUAACAAUUGCAUCCUGUGUGUGGUUUUGUUGGGCUUUAUGUUGUUAGCUGCCCUGGACACCAUUUGGGGAGGAAGGGCAGGCUACACAUUUUGAUAGUAAAGAAAUACAGUGGACCCCCUGGAUAUGAACUUAAUUCAUUCCGGGGGUCCGUACGUACCCCGAAAUGUCCGCAUCUAGAGGCACUGCUUCUGUGCACACGCGCGGGACUCAGCCCGGAAGUAUACACUUCAGGUUUGCCGCAUUUGCAACCCGAAAGUUACGUUACCCGAAGGUAACAUAAUCCGAGAGUCCACUGUACUGUAAAAGUGGAUCCCAGCCAGCAACACACCUGCUUCCUCUUCUGCUGAUUUAUCAGGAUUGGGACCAAACAUCAGGGGGUCCUGCUCGCUGUUUGACAGCUGACCGGCCUUCGUGGCUCUCCCUAGUGCUCUUGCUCCCCAAUUCUCCUAAUCUCUCCACCUCCUCAUUCAGGACAGGAAUGUGAAUUUCCAGACAUGCCUCUCCUGACAGUGGAAUCAGACUCCCAUGGAAGGACUUCUUUCUUGGAGGUUUUUAAACAGAGGUCGAACCUAUCAAGGAUUCUUUAGUUGUGAUUCUGCUUUGCAUAGGGUUGGAAGAGGUGAUCUUUUGGGUCCCUCUCAACCCUAUGAUUCUGCCACAACAGUUCCACAAAUCACUUCUCCAGGGUUGCCAUGUUACUGAAGAGCAGCUCUCCACAUGGGUCUGGGGUGGAGAAGCUGAGCGAGAGUUCAGGGCCACCCCCCCCCCAGGAGAGAGCUUUCCCCUUUGUCUUGCUGUUUCCACCUCCAUUUUUUCUCUGUUCUCUCCUUCCAGAGGAUCUGCGGACGGUGUGCGCCAGACUGCCACACAACAAGUAAGUCAGUGCUCUGUGUUUACAAUGGAACUGAAAUCGCUGUGCCCAUCCUAGAAGUAUUGUCCAAGAGAUACCCACAAAAGCAGAAAGGUGUAGAUUGGCAAGCUGUGCUUCCACAGGAAAGUGAAAAUGACAAAAGUGCGGUGCAGCCAACUCUUUCUCCCCCCACCUUACUGUCUGUCUGUGACAAGGACAGCCGGGACUCCGUGCCACCCUGCUGGCAGUCCAUAUCAACCCCUGCUUUGCAAAUGGCUUGCUUCGUUCUAAUGGUUCAAGGACACCGCUGUGGGUGCUUGAGCCUUAUCUCUGUACAUGAAAACUGGGCCAUUUUUAGCUGCUUACAUAGCCAUGGACUGGGUGGAAGUCCUUCCGUUGUGCCCAGUGUUACGUUUGCCAGGAGAGUCAAAGGUUUUUCUCCCUCUCUCCUAAAUUAACACUGGAACUCGGAGACAUCCAGUGAAGCUGAAUGUUGGAAUGUUCAAGGCAGAUCAAAGGAGAGUCGUCCUUCACGCAGCACAGAUUUAAACUGCGGAACUCCCUCCAACAGGAGGCAGUGAUGGCCGCCAACCUUGCUGGCUUUAAAAGCAGAUUAGGCAAAUUCCUAGAGAACAGGGCUCUUAUUGGCUACUCGUCACAAUAGCUUGGCUCUUCGGAGACAGCAGGGCUUCUGAAUACCAGUUGUUGGAAACCCCAGGAGUGGAGAGGGUUCUUGUGCACAAAUCCUGCUUACCAGGUUUCCCAUCUGGUUGGCCCACAGUGAGAUCAGGAUGCUGGACUACAGGGGCCCUGGGCCUGAUCUAGUAGGCACUGCUUCAUGUCGCUGUAGAAUCCUGUUCCUCAGCAGGCCAGCUGCCUUCACCCACAAUUGUCUCUCUGCUUCUUCUUCCUGCAGCCUGCUCCAGCUGGUGAUCUCGGGUCCAGUCCAGCAGCCCACCCACGCUGCUUUGCCCCCUGGGUUUUACCCCCCCAUCCACACACCCCCUCUGGGGUAUCCCACCCAUGCAGCCCACCCAGCAAUGCCAGCUCACCCAGCUCUCCCAGCUCACCCCGUACAGACAUUCAUUCCAGGCAUGGCGUUUCCUUAUCGGCCGAUCCGCUAAAGAAACUGGACUUCUCCUCUCUUCAGGGAAAGAGUGUUUUCCACCCAUUACAGAGAGAACCAACCGUUACUUUUUGCUGGGGGUGGGCAGGGUAGGGCUGUGCAAUUCCUCCUCCAGGAGAGACCUUGAAGGCCCUGGGCGUUAAGAUGCACAGGGGGCUGGUAGUUGUUUAUUUUAAAGAAAUAAUCUUGUAUGAAUGAGGAGGAGACGCCAAUCUGACUGGAACAAAUGGGAUCUUUCUUUUUUACUGUCAACCCACUAUGACGGUUUUACGCAGGAGGGUAAAUGUCAUGAUCUGGUAUUCCACUCAGAACAUCUGUUUGCAACUCCUUCCUCCCAUCCACCCCCCUCAAGUGACGAAGUUUGACUGGUUCUUAUGCAAGAGAGCCUGGAGAGAACAGCCCCACUGUGUUUUGUAAGCUGUUUACUUGGGGUCCUUUUUAUGUGAAUAUGUAUGAUUUCAGUGCAAGUACAUUUUUUUUAAAAAAAAAGAAUUGCAGAUUUUUUUGCUUCAAAGUUAGCAGUCUGCGGCAUUUUCUGUAAAAGCAACAACAAAAAAGCAAUGAUAACUGGCCUUCAAUUUCUUUCUCUUACAUUAUUCAACAUGUCUGCAGCUGGUUAGGUGAAACUUGAACCCUCAUUGCUCUGUUGCUCUGGUUGGUAUCUUUCACAGGGUGAAUUUGGGUGAAAUAUUUUUUUAAGAAAUAUGUCCAUCUAACAAAUUUCACAUGUUUUAAAGCAGAAACUAAAUCACAUCUUAAAACUGUGUGAUAUUUAAUCUUAAAUUAACUUCAGACGUUGCUGUUAAGGGGAUGUUCAAAUCAAGGCAGGUAGGAAUGCAUUUUUAUUUAAAGAAUUUUUAUCCUGCUCUUCAGCAGAAAAAGACUCACAAAUGUCAGUGAUAAGAUAGUCCCUGGCCUCAGGCUUGCAAUCUAAAACACAUGGCACAAAAGGAGAAGGUAUUGGUUGCAAUCUAAAACACAUGGCACAAAAGGAAAAGGUAUUGGUUGGGUGGAGGAAAAAAAGAAAACUCAGGCGCUAAUUCUUUGUUAUAGAUUUCUUGUAAUGACAAGCUGGAAUACAUCAAAGAGAGGAGCUCGAAGUUGCUGGUCUUUCAGCAGAGCUGAUGAAGAGGCUCCACAGCCCUGUUUCCCUCCCUCCCUGAUAGCUGCUGAUGGGGGGGUCUUGGUCUAGUCCACUAUGAAAUGGGGGUGGGGAUGGGAAUUGUCUCCCGGGGUUUAGAGAAGACAUACACAGACCUGCUUUGGACGCUAGGAACUACACACAAGUGCCAACAUGUUAAUGCGGAUCUAUUUCAGGAGCUGAAUGGUCUUGGCUCAGACAAGGUCUAUUUCUUUCUCUUUCAAGCCCUUCUGACUUUCAGAGGAUGAUGUAGAGAGGCUUGAUGCUUUGACAAUCUUCAAAAUGUUGCCAUUGGCCCGUUUGGUAAUGGAGAGCUAUAACGCCACAUGUUCCACAGUGCCUUGUCCAGAGACUUCAAGCCAAAAGGCUUGUAAUGUGGCUUGUAACUCUCUUAAAUUAACAAUGAAGGAUCCUGGUGUUUGUGUCUGCCUCCAUACUGCCUGCGACAGAGGGCAGAAAGUCUCUUGUCAAGCUCUCUAAUGAGAAAUAAUCUCUGUCUUAAUUUCAAGACACAUGAAUGAUUCAGACUGGCCUUGGUAUGUCUUCCUUGUAUUUUGAAAGGGAAGGAACUGAUUACUCUGAAAUGCAAAAUGUCUUCUCUAGUUACAGAUAUUUUCCAGUAUUUGUCCCUUGGGCCAUGUUACUUCUGAUUUCCCCGAUUUCAGCUCAAGGUCAUCUUGCCACUGUUUUCUUCUUUGAAUUUGGUGUUAUUUAUUUAGUAUUUGAUUCUGUUGGAACAAGUUGGACCUCUUGAGCCUCAGUCAGGCAACAGCAGGCAGAUCUGCCUUGAUUUCUGCAGCUGAGACCCGUCUCUGGCUACAAAUGCCAAACUGGCUCUAGAAAGCUGAAAGUUCCCCCGAGCUGAAGCGCAGCUGUACUAUUGACAAUCUUCUCUUCAUUACUGUGGGCAGCAGUGAUACAGGGCUGCUGAAUAUGCACCAAGGGGUGUGGACUUCUAAACUGAACAACUAGAUUGGUGGCUGCCCUGAAUCCUGCCAUCUUUUUGUGUAGAUAAGCAGCCUAAUCCUGUGCAGAAGUGGAGAAUUUCAUCAGACUUAGCCAUGCUUAAUUCUGCAUGGGAAGGGGUUGUAAGAAUUACAAAUAUAGGUGGGGGCAUGUGCGUGUCUACUCACAACCAAACCAAACACCCGGCCAGACCCAAAUGUGCCUCCCAUGCUAGGCGACUCUAUUGACUUGCAUAGCUCUAGAGAAACAGGCAAAGGCUGACUUUUCCAAAACCUCAAAUUAGUCUCGCAGCUUUACUUGACGUUCAGUUAACAUUUAGAGGGGUCCAUUUAUUCCCCUAGUAUAGGUUAAACCACAGAGCCUAGGACUUGCCGAUCAGAAGGUCAGCAGUUCAAAUCCCCGCGACAGGGUGAGCUCCCGUUGCUCGGUCGCUGCUCCUGCCAACCUAGCAGUUCGAAAGCACAUCAAAGUGCAAGUAGAUAAAUAGGUACCGCUCUGGCGGGAAGGUAAACGGCGUUUCUGUGCACUGCUCUGGUUCGCCAAAAGCGGCUUAGUCAUGCUGGCCACAUGACCCGGAAGCUGUACGCUGGCUCCCUCGGCCAAUAAAGCAAGAUGAGCACCGCAACCCCAGAGUCGUCUGCGACUGGACCUAAUGGUCAGGGGUACCUUUACCUUUAUGGCUUUUCUUAACAUUCUCUUAUAAUCUAAAGAGGCUCUUUAAGAAUCUGUCAGGACAAGUUUUUGCAGGUUCACUGUAAGGAGAGCUCUGCUGGAUCUGCCUUGAGGCCCCUUUCAGCCCAGAAUUCUGCUUCUGCCACCCUCCCCUGCCUGGCAAACAAGGCAGGUCAGUUGCCCUUUGCUGCAACUGGCUUUCAGGGGCACACUUGUGGUGGGCGUGAGAGAGGGCCUCCUUGGUGGUGGCUGCUCCCAGACAAGUCAGAAACUCCCUCCCUAUGGAAGUUAGACUGGCUCUCUCCUUGCUGUCCUUCCGCCAGUUGCGGUUGCAACAGGUUCUUGGUCAUGGACUACUUUUACUGAAAGGGCUGGUGCCAUGCUAGAUUUGGGGCGCAAUUAUUUGUAUGGUCUUAAAUAGAUUUGAUAGGUUUGUAUAUAUAGUCUGAAUUCAAUCAGUGUUCUUUAAUUGUAUUUUUAAUUAUUCCGGGGGGGGGGGGGGACGUGUUUAUCUGCCUCCAUUUUAUCUGUAACCCUCCCUGAGUCCCUUCAGGGGAAAAGGCGGGGUUUAAAUAAGUAUAUUAUGAUGGCGACGCUGCCUGCGGUAUGGGAAGUCAUCUAUAUGGGAAGUCCCUCUCCCUCUUUCUUUUUUCCUUUCUCCUCCUGUGAAGAGGCUGCACCUUAAUGUUUUAAUGUUGUAUUUUAAUCUUGUUUAUUAUUGGUUGUUAGCCCUGAGCCCGGUCUUGGCUGGGGAGGGCGGGAUAUAAAAAAAAUUUAUUUCUUU